GGUCAGGAUAUUUUUUUAGACUCAACCAAGAGCAAUAUUUAGUCAUCCGAAGAAGUAUCGAUUAUCGAAUGACCUAUGACAGUUUAAAAACUGAGCCUCAUAAUAGUUAUCUGAUUCAGUUGCUGAUAUCCCAAAAUGGCGGAAACCAUGUAUCAUCUGGCCGACACUUUGGAAAGAGUUCUUGGAUUUCUAGAUCGGGAAGUGCCUCCAGUGAGAAGAGCUUUUGAAGUCAAGGUUCUGAUCUUUGCUGGACUGAUCUAUAGUGUCCUUCAAAUGAUCUCGCAUAUUAUUGUCUUUGGAGUUGUCACUUUAAGGAAAGGCGAAAUGAUGACCAACUCAGAUCCUAAAUCUAACGUGGAGGUGAGUGACUUGUAUCAGCGAAUCAAGAUUAUGGAGAAUUCGAUGAACUAUCGGAUGCAGAGUUUGAUCACUCAAGUUGAGAGUUUAAGAUCUGAAAUGGAGGAUCAAAGUGGUACCAACAGUCAGAUGACAUUCGAUACUCUCUGGAAAAUCUGUGCAAUUUGUUUUUUCGCGUAUAUAACUGCUUCACAUCACAAUAUAAAUAGAAAGUUGAACGAACUCUCAAACAAGAUGAAUACGAUGUUGAAUAUGUCAAGACUCGGACUAGACUAUAUGUAUAAAGACAGACGUGAUCCUGAUCCAGAUGGAAUCCAACCCAUUCUAAAUUCAAAUACGAGUAUCUCUGAUGAAAAUAUGUGCACCGUUUGCCAAGAUCAAAGGAAGGACUGUGUAUUACUUCCGUGUAGGCAUAUGUGCACCUGCACGGGAUGUGCAAGGGAUAUCUGUACAGAUUGGGACGGCAAAUGCCCUUUGUGUCGUACUACAAUUGCAGAAUUGAUCACUAUCUUCAAUUGAUUGUAUUUCUCAAUCGUAUUUUUAUGAUUUUAUUAUUUGAAGGUUCCAUCAUUCUCUAUUAUAAUAAUAAUAAUAAUAAUA